AUGAAACUCUUGGCUGCUGUAUUGGUAUCGAUCCUGCUUGCUUUCUCAGUUGCUACAGCCAACACUGUUCUUCCUAGCGUAACUACAAGUACUUAUUUUAGCUCUUGUACAGUCCUUUCCAGUACGACUACAAGCACUGAUCCUAGCUCUUCAACAGCUCUUUCCGUGUCAAUUGUAAAUAUUGAAUUUAGCUCUGGGAGAACUUUCAAUGCAGACUUGAUUAACCAAAGUAUAUUUUCAGUCGAGGUUAAAAAUAUGGUCAACGACUACUUGCAAAAAAAACAUGAUUAUGGAGAAGCAAUCAAAAUACGCAACUCGGCAAGAGAUACGGUUGUUGUUCAAAAACAAACGAUAGCUGAACUAAAUGAAAGAUAUCAGCAGCUUAAACGCAAAUCUCAGAAAAGCAAGAAUGCUUUAAAGCACAAGAGUAGACUUGAUAGGCUUAAGCUUGAACUUGAAAACCAAUCUUCCAGAGUUUUUAGACUUCAAAAGCACAUGCACGCACUCGAGUAUGAACAUGAUCAGGCAUCGCUCAAACUAGAACAACAAGGAAGAAGACUUGCAGAUAUAUUUCUCGGAGAAUUUCCAGAUGCCUCGCGGAUUUCUUUGCGUGUAGACUUGGAACCAAAGCCCGUCUUUAUAACACUAGCCGACAAUCUACCCAACAACCUACCCAAUAGCAUACCAAACCGAUCGUCAAGAUCUAUACGCAAUUUCUUCAGUAAGAUCCAGACUCGACUACAGAAAACUAAUCAAAAUACUGAUUUACCUCCAUCAUAUAAACGUGUAAUGAGGAAACCUGAACGUUAUAAAGUGACCCAACAAGGCCCUGUGACUUUACCUCCAUCAUAUGAACAGGUAAUUAUGCAUCCUGAAAAUUUUGACAAGGUCUUGAAAGAUCCUGGCAUUCAAUACCCACCAUUAGAGGAAAUGCCUAUAGUUCAACCCAUUCAAUCAACCUCCAGAACCUCAUCCAGUCUACAAAGAACUGCCUCCAGUUUACAAAGAGGAACCUCCAGGCUUGUGCAUAAUGUUGGAUCAUUCUUUCAGCAACCCAGAAAUGAUGAUUCGCCCGUUUGA